AUGUUCUACGCAUGUCUGGCAAUCAUGAUACUAUUUGUUAUAAUGUGUUCUUGUAUAACAAUGGCUAUUAUCGAUCUUGAAAUGUAUAAUUUUGGACUAUAUAUUGUACUUUUAUGUAUUGUUGGAACGAUGUUGGCUUGUGCACUUUGCAUAGCAAAUCCAGGAGCAUGUGCAAAUCCGAUGUGGUACACGAAUUUCUGUCUUUUAUUACAUGAUUAUAUGCAAGAAAUGUAUCCGGUUCAUCCAGACGGAACAUCAAGUCCAAAAAUGACAGGAUUACGAGCUCAAAUGCAAAGGCAUGCGGCACAGAGUAUGGCAACAUCAGAAGAUGGUACAAGGUUAACAGUCAGACAAGAAUCACGUGCAACUGUAGCAAUGUUGGCUCCGGCUGUUCAUAUUAUGCAUCAGGUAUGGCGUGGUAUGGCAUGGGUAACAGAUGGAAUUGAAGAAGAAGAUGAGGAUACACGAAUGUCGAUGUAUGACAAAAUGGAACAGGGUACAUCCGAAGAAACAAGAUCCGUAAGUGAUCAUGCUAUGAAAAGAUUGUCAACAAUUGCUGAGACAAGUUCCUAUAUUUUGCGAGAAUUGGAAGAGCCAAACAGCGAGAUAAACUCGCGAAACGAUGUCACAUUAUGAAAACAAUUUUAGGUGCUUCUUUUGACUUUAUUCUCUUUUUACCGAAACUUUUUACGAGUGAUAAAUCUUGUGAUACUAUGAUACUUAUUGGUUUUCCAAUUAUUUGUACAUUCUUUUCACGAAAUGUACAAUGGCAUUCAUUUUUUUCUUUCGAAAAUAAUGCAAAAUAAAGUGUGUUU